AUGGCACCAAUGACGGUCGAAGAGCUGCAGCAACAUCCCGAAUUCAACCACACCAUCUGGGACCUCAAACCUGAAAAGAAAGGCAAGGCCGUUGUGGCCAAAGACCGUAGCGGUCCCCUUAACAUCGCUUACGAGGUCCACGGCCAUGGCGACAGACACCUCGUGUGGGUCAUGGGCCUUGGUGGCAUGAAGUAUGCAUGGCAGCGCCAGACGAAAGACUUCGCCCACAACAAAGGCGAUCAGUACUCGUCGCUGGUGACUGACAACCGGGGCAUUGGCGACUCCGACAAGCCCACGUCGAGAUACUCCACCUCUGCCAUGGCUCAGGACCUGGUCGAAGUGCUCGACCACAUCGGCUGGACCGGCAAACGUGAGUUGCACGUCAUUGGCAUAAGCAUGGGUGGAAUGAUAGCUCAGGAGAUAGCUAUAUUAAUACCGGAACGCAUAUGCACACUGUCGCUAGUAUCAACAGCCGCACAACUGUUCAGAACAACCGGCUUUCUCGAAAAUCUUAUAAACCGUGCCAACCUUUUUAUUCCCAAAUCUCUCGACGCCCAAAUCGAAGGCGUGAAAAAGAAUCUCUACACGCAGGAGUGGCUCGACUCUCCCGACACGCUCGAACCCGUCGUCGAAGCCUUUCCCACCAACGGCGACCGCUUCGCCGCAAACGAACUAUGGAAGCGUCAACAUCCAGAGUACUUUGGCAAGGCGGGUUUCAUGCUACAAGCCAUUGCCGCGGGGUGGCAUCAUAAGAGCCCCGAGCAACUCCAGCAGAUUGCGACGACGGUCGGCAAGAACAGGAUUAUGGUCGUCCAUGGGACCAAGGAUCGCAUGCUGACGUUCCCUCUGGGCGUUGUGCUUUGGCGGGGAUUGGAGAAGGGCGAGGGUGUGACGGGUAAAGAGAACUGGUUAGGUGUUGAAGAGGAAGACGAUGUUUGGCAGGAAGGUGAGAUUGAGAAGCAUUUCAUCAAGGGCCAGGGGCAUGUAUUGCCUGCGGAGAUGAGGGAAGAGUUUAAUGGAUGGAUUGAGGGACUGGUUGAAAGGGGGAUUAGGUUGAAUCAAGAGGAGGGUUUGUAG